CGCAUGACGUCUGAGCGUCUGCCUUUGGGCAUUAUUCCCGUCUUGGUGUCUGAUCGAUUCGCACACUCCAGAUUUCCCUUUCGACCUUAGCGUCUCACUCUUCAAGGUAAGCAGCAAAGAGGGCGGGCGACUACAUAACGGCUGCAGACGCCCAUCCCUUGCCUUGAAUCCACCCCCACCAUCCACCCUCUCACAAGUAAGGUCAACGUGAGGCAUUCGAUACACUUUUCACGAACACAAUAGACUCUACGAUGGCGGAUCCUUCGCAAUUCCCCAAGGCGAUGGGCGAAGCGCCCAGCCGUCGACCCAACAUGGGCGAACAGAAGCUUACCGACAGCAACGUGCCCUCCUUGGCGCCAGACAACGCUUGCGAUGAGCCUGCUCCCACCGCUCCCGGCGGCGCAGGCCACGCAGCCAUUGCCAAGGACUCAGAGGGCAAGAACUUCGACAAGGUGUACGGUGUCAGGCCAAAGACUACAUGGCAGCUGAAGCCUCCCGCCACCUGGACUCUGUGGGAGUUCAUCGCUUCGCUCGAUCUUUGCCCCGAAGUCUCUUACCAAAGGAGAGCGGCAACCGAAAAGCUGCGCGGCCCCCCUCCUUACCAACCCAUGUGGCGUGAGAAUGCCUUCAUCAUCCCCACUGCUUCCAUUCCUCUGGCGAUUCACUGGGCGUGGAACAAGCUUGUGCCCGAGCACAAGUUGCACUUUGCGCCGGGAUGGGUCUUGUACCACUUGUCUUUCAUCCUGUUCGCGUUCCUGAUGAUCGGAAGAUUGCACAAGUACAUGGCCACGUACGGUACCUUUGACGAACUCAACCGUGGACGAGACAUGGUCGACGACAGGCACGUCAACCACCUGGGUCGCUCCAUCUUCAUCUACACCGUCUUUCGCACCCUCGGCCCCUUCAUCUUGUCAUGGCGCGGAGAGAUGUCGAACCCAUUCGAGGGCUUGAGCAUCUAUUCCAUCCCCAAGAUUAUGGCAUUCGAGGUUGCUCUCGACUACUGGUUCUACCUCUACCACAGAUCCUGCCACGAGUUUGACAGCCUGUGGUUCAUCCACCGUCAGCACCACGCCACCAAGCACCCGACACCCAUUCUCUCCAUCUUGGCCGACGACAUCCAGGAGUGCAUCGAGAUCUUCAUUGUUCCCUUCCUCGCCUCUCUCGUCACGCCCAAGAUGUCCUUCGUCGAGAUUCACUACGCCAUCUGCUACUUGCUCUACGUUGAAGCUCUCGGACACUCGGGUAUCCGCGCUUACUGGCCCCACCCACUUCUCGGUCUGAUGCUCCGUCCCCUCGGCAUGGAGCUUGCCGUUGAAGACCACGAUCUUCACCACCGAUUCGGCAAGUCCGGCAAGAACUACGGAAAGCAGACGCGCAUUUGGGACCGCAUCUUCGGAACCGUUGGAGAGCGUAUUGAGUGCGCUGCUCAGUACUAAGCCGUACGCUCGAAGACCGCCAAUAAUUUCUUCAAUUCCUGGCUUGGAACUCGGAUCGUCUUUGCGCUAUUCACACCCUGACUUUCGUGCUCCUGCAUUAUAUAUUUCAAUGCCGUCCUAUUGCCGGAAACUCAUUUGCUCAAUUGCUCAGUUUUAAGACUCUGUAAAUCAAACGAAAUCGAUGAAUUACGCAUUCUAUUCCCGUGAAUGGUUCUCCAAGACGAAAUCGAUGAAUUACGCA